AUGGCACCCCGAAAGGACGUUAAAGGACUUUCUCCAGCACCUUCAGCACCAGCGCGCCGUCCAAGUUCAGUUGUUUCUUCACUACCCGGUCCCUUGAGUGUAAGUGUCCCUCUGGAGGAGCGCGAGGUUGUCAAGGUCAACAACUACAGCCCGUCUGAGCUCAAGAAUGCGUGUGAUGAUGCCCUCAAACGGUACCUAUCCAGACCUGUUUUAUUUAAACAAAUACAUCUUCAUACCGAUGUGCGAUUGGCUUUGGGAUGGGCAGGCGUAUUCACAGCAGCAGCUACGGGACUUUAUGGGUGGAAAACUGACUUCGAAAAGUCGAAGCUAGGAGUCUGGGUUGGUUUCAUACUCUACCUCGUCCUCACCUCCCUUCAGACACUAUACUCCUACUUCGUGGAGGGUGAUACCAUCUUUGUCGGUCGACGGAAAACCUUCUCAAAGAGAAUAAUAACAGAACGGAUAACGAUUUCCUCGCGCACGCUCCCAGUGCCGUCCUCUAAAUUAUCUUUCAAGCCGAGCCCCACAAACUCACCAUCAUAUUCACUUUCCAUUAAUUAUGUACAGUCUACAUCAGGGGGAAAAUCACUACUUGCGAAGGGCCGAACACACGAAGCCAAACAGUACUCAGCCUUCUUCGAUGAAAAGGGCGUGAUGGCACAGGAGGUAUUUGAGCGAUGGAUCGGGGAGCUGGUAGAGGCAGUAAUGGAAGGAAAGGGAGCGUGA